GAGCUGGGACAAGGAGGCUGAAACAGCCCCCCCCCCCCCGCCCUCCCCUUCACCGCUCUGUAAUCUCCGGGCCCCGUCAUUAUGUAAAGCGUGUACGUGGGAGGGGCCCCCGUGCCUUUUGGAGAUUCCUGCAUGGGAGAAACCGGGCACGCCGACGGCGAGAAGGGUGCGGGGGGAACGCGAGACGUCGCAGCUGUCCAAAGGGAAGAGCGAAGAGAGUUGAGGGAAGAGGGCAGGCUUACCACCUCCUCCUUCCCCUUCUCCUUCUCCUUCUUCUCUUUUUUCCUUCUGAGAAGCCAGCCCUUUUGAAGUCUUGUCUUCCUUGGGAGAGCCUUGAAACCCAAGAAGGAGAGAGAGAGAGCAAGGUUUUGAGAUGAGCUAUUUUACCAACUCCUAAAGAAAGAAAUCCUGGAGCUUCUAAAGAUCCAGGGACCGCCAAUGCAACACCACGACCUAAGUUUCCUGCUUUGAAAGAUGGUAUGGAUAUAAACUUGAUUCUUCGCCGGGACUGGUACAGAUUGUGACCAAGGCACCGAUCGAAUCUCUUGGGAAUCCUGAGCAGUCUUUUGGCUAAAAAGGAGAGAGAAGCCUGAAUCCAGAGGUUGAAUGGGAACUACAUAAAGGCAACUUAAUUCAGUGAUUGUAGAACAUGUACUUUCUGGGCAGAAAAACCUUGAAUCCCACCUCUUGAAUUGUUAUUAAAGACUUUUACAGACCAGAUCUGAGAAAAGAUUGGUCACUUGGUCAGCUGUUGUCAAACUGAAGGAAAAAUACCGGACAAAUAUGGGUCAAAGAACAGACUUGGUGUCUACCUUUUGACCGUGACAUAAAGACCGGCAGAAUUUGAAGAUCCUUCUAUAAACCCUUCCAUUUUCCAAAACCCAAGAGGCACAAAAUCGUAAGGCGGGACGUGGGAUGGCUUUGGACAAGAUGCUUCCUGAUUCAGGACAACCCUGCUCCUUCCUUUCCACAAACGUCAUUACAAUAGUGGAAAAAUGUAUGAGUUCCAUGCAAGCCGGCACGCAGAUGAUCAAACUCCGAGGUAGCUCCAAGGGCCUCGUCCGUUUCUAUUACCUGGAUGAACACAAGUCGUGCAUUCGUUGGAGACCCUCGCGAAAAAAUGAAAAGGCUAAAAUCUCCAUAGAUUCCAUCCAGGAAGUGUGCGAAGGGAAGCAGUCGGAGAUCUUCCAGCGCUACGGCGACGGCAGCUUCGACCCCAACUGCUGCUUCACCAUCUACUAUGGGGACCACAUGGAGUCCCUCGACUUGGUCUCCUCCAACGGGGAGGAAGCCCGCAUGUGGAUCACCGGCCUCAAGUACCUCAUGGCCGGGAUAAGCGAUGAAGACAGUCUGUCCAAACGGCAGAGGACGAGAGACCAGUGGCUGAAGCAAACCUUCGACGAAGCCGACAAAAACGGGGACGGCAGCCUGAGCAUUAACGAAGUCCUGCAGCUCAUGCACAAGCUGAACGUCAACCUCCCCCGCCAGAAAGUCAAGCAGAUGUUCAAGAUGUUGGGAUGGUGCGGCUUCACGCGCUUGCAAACGGACCCUGCAACAUCUGCCGCCCGGCUCCCACGGCGGAAACGGUUCACCACUUACAUGCGCAGCCCUGCGGGGGACAUUUUCAACCCCAAACAUUACCACAUCAACCAGGACAUGACUCGCCCGCUGAGCCACUAUUUCAUCGCCUCGUCCCAUAACACCUACCUCAUGGGAGACCAGCUGAUGUCCCAGUCCAGAGUGGACAUGUACGCUUGGGUUCUGCAAUCCGGGUGCCGAUGUGUGGAAGUUGACUGCUGGGACGGUCCAGACGGCGAGCCGAUUGUCCACCACGGCUACACCCUGACCUCCAAGAUCCUUUUCAAAGAUGUGAUUGAGACCAUCAACAAAUACGCCUUCAUCAAAAAUGAAUACCCCGUCAUUUUGUCCAUCGAGAACCACUGCAGCGUUACCCAGCAGAAAAAGAUGGCCCAGUACCUGGUUGAAAUCCUGGGCGACAAACUGGACUUGUCUACGGUCAACAGCGAGGAUUCCAACGAGCUGCCUUCCCCGGAGAGCCUCAAGGGAAAAAUCUUGGUUAAGGGGAAAAAGCUUCCAGCCAACAUCAGUGAAGAUGUUGAAGAGGGCGAAGUUUCCGACGAGGACAGCGCCGAUGAGAUGGAUGAUGACUGCAAGCUAAUGAACGGGGAUGCUUCUUCUAAUCGGAAACGGGUGGAAAACCUCGCCAAGAAGAAACUGGACUCUCUGAUCAAGGAAUCUAAAAUCCGGGACUGCGAAGACCAAAAUAAUUUUGCCGUCACCACCUUGUCGUCCUCGGGGAAAUUGGGGAACAAGCCUGAUCUUAAGAAGAACAAGCACGAGGAGAACCCGGAAUCCGGUGAAGACCCGAUCCUGAGCAAACGUCACAACCGAUCCCUGAUGGGAAGCCUGACCAAACGCAAGAAAAAAUCCAGCAAACUCAAAAGGACGCCGAGUUUGGAAGACAGGGAAGACGACUUCGAAUGCCAAGGGAACUUAAGUAGAACUUCGGUUCAUUAUAGCAAAACAAAUCGGCAAAAGAAAACGAUGAAACUCUCCCGGGCUCUCUCCGAUCUGGUGAAAUACACAAGAUCCGUCGGAAUCCACGACGUGGAAUCGGAAAAGGUUGUGAUUGCUCCAAUGCAUAUCAUAGAUCCGUUUGUGGAAGUCGAGGUGAUCGGAUUGCCCAUGGAUUGUUGCAAAGAGCAAACCAGAGUUGUGGACGACAAUGGUUUCAAUCCGAUGUGGGAGGAAACCCUGGUUUUCAACAUCGGCAUGCCAGAGAUUGCCCUGGUGCGCUUCCUGGUCUGGGACCACGAUCCCAUCGGGAGGGAUUUUAUCGGUCAGAGGACAAUCGCAUUCACAUCCAUGAUGCCAGGCUAUCGACAUGUCUACCUAGAAGGUAUGGAGGAAGCUUCCGUCUUCGUUCACGUAGCGGUCAACGACGUUUGUGGUAAGGUCAAACCAGCGCUGGGCCUAAAAAGCCUCUUUCUCAGAAGUCCAAAGCAGGCCUCUCUCGACAGCCAUGCUGCUGGUCAGCUCAACCGCAAACAUUCCUUUAGCAGUCAGCUUUUACGGCGGACGGCCAGCGCGCCCACCAAGAGCUUAAAAAAGCCCAAGAUCGCCCUGGAUGCCCGAGACGAGAGCUCGGAAGGUGACGGCAAGGUCCCCGCUCUGGAAGACUCCUCCCACCCUCGCUUUGACCAGGAAUCCGACCUCCUGUCCCCGGCGCCAUCGCCUUCCCGAGAGGGUCUCGGUGGCAUGGCAGGGGACCCCAAGGGAUCCAAAGAUAUCCACCGAUUCUCCAUGCACCUGUCGGCCCCGUCCUUACGCAGCCUCCAGACCAUCCACGAAGAGCCCCUCGCUGCCAACAAGAACCAGCCUUCCAGUUUCCACUUCCUUCUGCCCGCCUGCCCCGUCAGGGACCCCAAAGAAGACUCCGGGCCUCGUCCUUCCCAGGAAGCUGUUCCAGACGGAAGGGAACGCUUUGGGAGGACUUCUUGUUUGGAGCACCGGACGGUUUCGGAGAAGACGCUUCUCGCGCCCAGCGUCUCGGGAGAGGAAGGCGGGAUGGGAAGCAACAAAGAAGGAGAAGGUCGGACAAGGGCUCCUUGCCACGGAGGCCUUCUCCAUCCUCAAGUACAGCACCACCUCGUGUCAGACAAUUGUGAGCUCCACCCGGCCGGAGAUGGCCAGAAGAAGACAGGCGGGUUGGUUCAACGGCUGACAAGCGAUGAGAAGAAGAGAGUUGGAGUUGGUCCACCAAACCAAAGUGAAAGGGACAACAGCACCACGCCAACUCCCCUUCGCACAACUCCCAAAGGAACCGCCGCAAUCCCCGUGCCUCCGACUGUUGUGAGGAGACCGAGGGAUGAAGGCUACAAGCGGUGCAACCACGGAGUCUCCCUGAAGCCUCCUGAGAACUGUUCUCCUACCCCGGAAGUUUAUUGGGACGCCACGGUCCAUGACCGCAUCUGGAGCAAGCUUGAUUUCAGCGCCCACCAGGACAGCAUGUCGUCCUCUUCCAGCAUGUCUUCCAAUGACACCGUCAUCGACCUCUCCUUGCCCAACCUUGCCCGGAAGAGCCUUCCCGACCUUGGCGCUCAGAACGCCGUCCCCCAGAGAAGAACCGCGAGGCCCUGGUCCGCCAACGCGGCCUCUGGGCGCGAAGGCCCCACGGUGACCAAGAGCAAGUCCAACCCCAACUUGAGGUUGGAUCAACCCGUGGAAGACGACUGGCGCCCAAGGCCGCUCGGCUUCUCCUCGGCGUCCAGAAGGCACACCUGGAACCGGUUGUACGUGCAGAGCCUCAAGAGGUCCUGCCCGAAGCCCGAAGAGCCGAGGAACCCCGAUGCCAACCCCGUGAAGUCCAAAAGCCUCGGGGACCUCACCUCGGACGACAUCCGGUCCACUUCGGAGAGCAAGUACCGGAGCAUCCGCCGCAGUUUCGCCACCCGUUCGGUGAGGGCCCACGGCCAUCGUGGGGCCUUCAAGACUUUGGGAAGGUCUCCAGACGAACUGACGGAGCGCCUGAGGAAACUCACCUUCUUCCAGAAGGAGGACGACAUCACUUCGCCCACCUGCCCGGAACUUCCCAAGGCUGGGGAGGAGGAGGAGGAGGAAGGCGAAGAAGAGGAGGAGGAGGAGGAGGAGGAAGAGACCGUCCUGAUCCGAAGGUCUUCUUCCCGGAGUCAGAGCAGGGUGAGGUACAUCGCCAACCGGGCCAGGCAAGCGCAGGAGAGGCAGAAGCUCAAAAGUUUGGCCCUGAGCAUUGAGGAGCGGGGCAUCCCCGAAGGAGCCUGCUGCUUUCCGGGGGGGCCGUACACGGACCCGGCUUCCCCUGCCUUGUUUACAUCCCAACUCAAGAACCCGGCAGACUUGAACCCCGAGGCCGAAGUCGUCUUUACCUUCAGGCUCUGAUGGUGGGAAGGGCUGAACCAGGAAUCGAUGUUUACAUUGCUGUCGGAGCAAAACCAUCCGUCCCCCUUUCCCUGGUUUUCUUAAAAUAC